AUGGAGCAUGGAAGAGUCUACCCAAACUCUGAAGAGAGUGAGAGAAGAUUCCGAAUAUUCCAAAAGAAUCUGAAGCAUAUCACAGAGACAAAUGCUAACAGAUCCAACUCAUCACCAUAUGGGAUUCGUUUGGGACUCAACAAGUUUGCUGAUAUGAGUCCUGAGGAGUUUAAGCUAGUGUACCUACGUCCACUGGAGAUUCCAACCACCAUCGCCCCGGCUACCUCGAGGUCGGACAAUCAAACGGAGUCGUGUGAAGCACCUGAUUCCAUGGAUUGGAGACAAAAGGAUGCUGUGACUCCUGCUAAAAACCAACUUAAAUGUGGAAGUUGCUGGGCAUUUGGAACCGUUGGAGCAAUUGAAUCAAUGCAUGCAAUCAAGAGAAAGGAACUCAUUUCACUUUCUGAACAAGAACUUGUACAUUGCGAUUCAAUGAGCCAAGGUUGUUCGGGUGGAUCUCCCAAGAGUGCCUAUGAAUGGGUUAUCAGAAAUGGUGGAUUAGUACGGAAGCUGAUUAUCCUUAUCAAGCUCAACAGGAUUAUUGCAGAGCCACCAUGUGGAACUGUGAAAAUUAAUGGCUAUGACACUGUAGCACAAUCGGAUGCUGCUCUCUUGCGUGCCACUGCUAAACAACCUAUUACUGUGGUUUUGUAUGCCACAGAUAUUCAAUUUUAUAAGGGUGGGAUAAUCGAUGUUGAUACUUGCCCCACACAAUCUCGUCCAAAUCAUGCUGUUUUGAUGGUUGGAUAUGAUUCAAAAGAGGGAACGGAUUAUUGGAUUGUGAAGAACUCGUGGGGAGAAGAUUGGGGAAUGGAAGGAUACUUCUUGAUCCGUAGGAAUACAGAUUUACCAUAUGGAGUAACAGGAAUCGCACUAUAUAUACCUCAUCGUUGGUCUCACUUCCAUGCAAGCUUAUUUGAAGUUUCAUCUCUCAGAUUCCCUCCUGACCAUUCUGCUUCUGCUCUUUCUUCAAAAGAAGAAGAACAGUUUAGAAUAUUCCAACAAUGGACUGAGGAGCAUGGAAAAAUCUAUCCAAACUCUGAAGAGAGUGAAAUUAGAUACCAGACAUUUCGAAACAAUCUGAAGUAUAUCACAGAGACGAACGCUAAGAGACCUGGGUAUCGUUUGGGACUCAACAAGUUUGCUGAUAUGAGUCCUGAGGAGUUUAAGAGAGUCUACUUACGUCAGUUGCCAACACCGACCACCACCGACCCGAAAACCACCGCUGCCACCACCGCGAGAACAAGUGCUGUGACUCCAGUUAAAAACCAAAAGGAAUGUGGAUGUUGCUGGGCAUUUGGAACCGUUGGAGCCAUUGAAUCAAUACAUGCAAUCAAGACUGGGGAACUUAUUUCCCUUUCUGAACAACAACUUUUAGAUUGCGAUACAGUGAGCCAAGGUUGUUCAGGUGGAUUUACCCGCACUGCCUUUGAAUAUGUUAUCAGAAAUGAUGGAAUUAGUGAAGAAAAUAGUUAUCCUUAUGAAGAUCAACAGGGCACUUGCAGAGCCAACAUGCAAAAUGGAGGCAGAGUCGUGAAAAUUAGUAGCUAUACGAAAGUACAACAAUCAGAUGAUGCUCUCUUGUGUGCCACUGCCCAGCAGCCUAUUACUGUGUCUAUGGAUGCAACAUAUCUUCAAUUUUAUAAGGAAGGAAUUUUUGAAGGAGAGAAUUGCGAGAUGGGUUCCACUUACACAAAUCAUGCAGUUUUGAUUGUUGGAUAUGGUUCGCAAGAUGGAAAAGAUUACUGGACUGUGAAGAACUCAUGGGGUCAAAAUUGGGGACAAAAUGGUUACUUCUUCAUCACCAGGAACACAAAUUCACCAACUGGAGUUUGUGCUAUCAAUACUAAUGCUUAUUUCCCCUCCAUAUAAACUUAUAGGCUAGUGCACUAGCUGGCAAACUUAUAGCUAGUCAAUUUCUCGUUUCUUAUUGUUAUGAUGAACUCAA